GUUGGGUCCCAGCAUGCACUGUGGAGCCAUUACCGUAACUUCACAGAGUACUGCAUUAACAGUUUUUUGAGCACUAGCCCAUAAAGAUGUCAGAAAAUAAAAAAGAUGGUGGUCAUAUUCUGCAAAAUUCAAGUUAAAUGUCAUCAAUCACGCAAAACAACAUGGAAAUAAAGCAUCUGAGAGAAAGAUUGGUCCUCCUCCCACCGAGUGCAUGAUCAGACAGUGGAGAAAACAGGAAGAACAUCUACUCAAAAUGCCAAAACAGAAGAGGGCCUUAAGAGGAAAACCAGCAAAAUUGCCAAACUUGGAGCAGAGUCUUAAGACAUGGAUUAUGGAGCAACGUCAAAGUGGGAUAAGUGUGUCAACCAAGAUGAUACAACAUGAGGCAAAAAGGUUUGCACAGAAAAAUUAACCUUGCUGACUUCAGAGGAAAAGCAAAAUGGUGCUUCAACUUCAUUAGGAGAUAAAGCUUGGCCAUGAGAACACGAACCAAGUUAGCACAGAAAAUGCCACCAGCUUAUGAGUAUAAAAUGUCAAAAAACUCUGGAAAACAUAUGCUUUUGAACCAAGUCAGAUUGCAGACAUGGAUGAGGUGCCUCUCAAUGUUGAUUUGUCUUCCAACAGAACUGUUGAUAUGAAAGGGAUCAAAACAAGUGGUCAUGAAAAGACCCACUAUACUGCUGUCCUUUCAUGUUGUGCAGAUGGUACCAAACUGCCUCCUAUGCUCAUUUUUUAAGAGGAAAGAGAAAACGUAUCCUAAAGAGACCAUACCACCUGGCGUUUUUGUCCAAGUUCAUGAGCAGGGCUGGAUAAAUUAAGAUUUGAAAACUAUUUUGUUUGCAAAGAUUUGGAACCUGGAGGACUUUUGAAGAAGCCAGCUCUGCUCAUGUAUGUUCAGUUCCGUGCAUAUUUAACGGAAAAGACAAAAAGCCAUUAUUCCUGGUGGACUUACAGGUCAGCUACAGCCACUAGAUAUUUCAAUCAACAAUCCAUUUAAAACACUGAUGAAAGAAGAAUGGAAUAAAUGGAUGCAAAAGGCAGGUAAUAACUUGACACCAGCAGGAAGAGUGAAAAAAACAACUAUUACUGAGGUCUGCAAAUGGGUCAUAAACUCAUGGAAUGGAGUCAAUAAAGAGGUGGUUGUGAAAGCCUUCAAGAAAUGUGGAAUCAGCAAUGCCAUGGAUGGAACGGAGGAUGAUCUCAUACAUAAAGACAGUGACUCAGAAGACAAAGGUGAUGCAGUGGAGGUUGAAGAAAGUGAUAUGUCUGGAACUGAGAGUGAUGCAUGUUUUUUAGUAUUAGCUACCGGUAUGCACUCUUCCGCACAUGUCCUCCUACCUAUACAUGGCUAGGAUGUUCUACUGUCACUUAGAUACAUGUUGCUUUUGGUGCCUUGUCACAUUUAACUGUUGCACAAUGUGAUAUGUUAAUUUUUUUCUGUUCUUAUAGAGCACGUUAUAAUAAUGCUGACUAGGCUCCCCCCCAAAAAAUGAAAAAAUAUUACUACCUACUGUAAUUACGAUACUAAAUAUACUGGUAAAGUUGUUCUGUGUAAUAUUUAAAGAUACGGUACUAAAUAUACCGGUGCUUUGUAUAUUUAAUAAAUGAGCAAAGUUGUUUUGUUUGAUGUUUAAAAUAUUUAUUUCUUAAUUUUGGGCUCAAAAAAUAGGGGUCGUCUUAUACAUUGGGGCGUCUCAAACACGGAAAAAUACGAUACUUUAUAAAAAAAAAAAUGUAUAAACCUUUAAAUUGAUUUUUCAAAAUAUUAAAAUAUCAAAACAAUAUAUGAAAAGAUUACAAAAUUAAAACAUUUUUCAUAAUAUUAAAUCAUUUUAAAAGUUUAUCCAAAAAUAUAAAAUCAUUUUAAAAUGUUAUCAAACAAUAUUAAAUAGAUGUCUUAUUAGCAUAUACUCAUCACUUUUUUCCACAAUCUUCUUACUGAGGUUUGUAAUUCACCCUCGCCUUACAUUAAGUGACUGGAUACUCUGUACUCUGGAUACUCUGUAACAUUCUAUUGGAUUUCACUCAUUGAAGUUGACAUUGAUUAAAUACCGAGCAGAAAACCGUUUACAAUAAUAGAUUGGUCAAUAUGAAUUUAAGAUCCUGUGCUCUUUAAACUCAUCAGGCUUGAUGAGAACGGUACAGAGAUGGAUGUUUUAAUAAGCAUUGAAAAGAUCAAUAUGAGCAUCCCAUAUAUCAAGAAGUUAAUAUAUAUUAUUUUCUCUAAAGUGUGUGAUAUUUCUUGUUUUUUUUGCAGAUGACUGGACGUUAUGAGAUGUAUGCAGAGGAGCUGGCCAGGGUUACAAAAGCAGACUUCCAGCCUGACAUUGUUCGAGAAUAAUGGGUAGAACUGGGUACAUGACAUCUGUUACACAGCAGUUUUACAUGUUCCAAUUGGAUAUUACAACAGAUGUAGAGAGAGCUAAAGUGAUGGCAAUUUGAGGCUGGGUAACCAGCACACACUGUUUCAUCUGGCUAAUUAUCAUUUCCCUGAUGGAAUUUUAAAUUGAAUAAACAUGGCCCCAUAAUUUGUCUUCCAUACCUAUAAUUGCAAUUUAGAUAUUGAAUCAGCUGCUAGCAUUAUGCCAUCACACAUUGCAAUAGUAUUUAAGUUCCAUAAUAUCGAAAGAAUCAUGACAAUAUCUAUGUAAACAAAUUAAUAAUUUACUAUGCCAUUAUUACAGUAUGGUCCUUAAAGGGUUGAACUCCUUUAAAUGACAGCAGGAAUUUGGAGAACUUGUAUGCAUUGUAAUGAUGCAAAAGAGCAUCAUUUGUUUUGUUUUUAGUACUAUAUUAUCAUUUUGUUCAAUAUGUUGAUUAAGAAAGAAAUUACCAUCAAGUAAAGUAAAAAAAAAACACCUUUUACAUUCCACUUCUAACACAAUUUAAUGGCACUAGUAUUUUACAAUCAAACUCUUGCUCUUACAGCUGAUAUGUAGUCUUGUUGACAGCUCAACCCUUAAUAUUAACUAGUACGCAAAGGGCAUAAACAGUGCUAAGAAUGGCCAACUCCUGUGUUGACCCUAACAAAAGUGUAUAUAUCGGAUCGUUAGAGCAUUGGUAACAUCACUAAGAAAUGGGAAACCAAGGACAGACCAAUAAGUGGUCUUGUGCAAGACAACAAUGUAUAUCUACCUACUUCAAAUUCUCAUAGAAUGAACACGUUUGAGGAGAGCCUUCUUCACCUCUAAAUAUCCCAUUUCUGUAAUAGUAAAGUGCUGCGGAGCUAUAUAAAUAUUAAUUAUAACACUGUUGAUAAUAAAGGGAUUUAUUAAGACAAGUGUCUCAAUUAAAUUAUAGAGAGCUUGUCUGUGAUCCUUCCAAAGGUUUUUUGUAACUAUUUCAUAUAGUAUUCUGUAUUGAAUUAUAUUUACAAAAACUGACUGUUGUCUUUGAGGUAUCAAUAAAACUUAUAACUGUCAUUCCUUACCAAUAGGCUGGGUUUAAAGGACCACUAUAGGCACCCAGACCACUUCAGCUCAAUGAAGUGAUCUGGGUGCCAGGUCCAUCUAGGGUUAACCCUGCAGCUGUAAACAUAGCAGUUUCAGAGAAGCUGCUAUGUUUACAAUAGGGUUAAUCCAGCCUCUAGAGGCUGUCUCAUUGAGGCGCUUCUCACUGUGAAAAUCCAUAGGACAGCAGUGAGAAAUGCUUUCCUAUGGACUGAUUGAAUGCGCUUGCCGCACAUGCGUAUUCGGUGGAUGACGUCGGAGAGUCCCCAGCGCCGAGGAAGCCCGGUGCUGGAGAAAGAUAAGCAUUUAACCCCUUCCUCCCCCCUUCAGCCCGGUGGGAGUGGGACCCUGAGGGUGGGGGGGGGACCUAAAGACCCUAUAGAGCCAGGAAAACGAGUUUGUUUUCCUGGCACUACAGUGGUACUUUAAGGAUAUCAAUGCAUAUGUAUCAGUUGAUUGACUGAAUUUUAUUUUUACAUUUCUUAAUUAGCAGAUAAUUCAGUCCAACUUUAAAUGAGAUUGACAAAAACGCUAUAUGUUCAUUGUUGGUGAUAAUUGAAAGGUUUGAAAAACCUUAUAUUUUUCUUUAUGAACUGCUGCAGUAUGCACUUUCCACCACUCAAUGGCAGGAUCACUUAGCAACUGACGACAUUGAAGGCAACAAGUAUUCAGUGCUUUCACAUAUGUUACAGUGUUGUAAGUGAUGAGCUGUAGUUGUUUGUUCAUGACAAAUGCUGCUCUCCCAAAGUAGAACCCUAGGUAACUGUGUAAGAGAAUUACUAUUAACCAUACAGAUAGUAAUUAACCAUACAGAUGAUGAGUUAGGAACAGAUUGGCUGGGAAUUAGAGAAAUUUGUUAUGUUACUAUAUCAGGGUAAAAAUCAUAAAG